AUGGAGACCCCAGGAGAGCAGGGCUUGGAAUUGGUUGAUAGUAAUGUUAAACUACAGUUGAUCAAGAGGCAGAAUGAGGAGAGUUUGGUGCUUAAUUUGCUAUUUAGGGCUUGUCCACCAGCUGUCAGUGUACCACAGAAGGGUUUUGUACAGAAGCAAAAUUUAGAUAUAACUGAAUAUUCUGAGCCUGUUGUUUUUGAUCUUGCCGAUCCUCCUGUUUAUGCUGUUGAUCAGCAAGGUGUUGCUUAUGAAGGUCAGAGUAGCAGUUAUAUUGCAGCUGUAGGCCCUGCUGUUUUAACACAAGAGAGCAGGAGUGUUCUAAAUCCCAAGUUAAAAGAAGUUGUGGAAGAAGAACAAGUUGGCUAUGAUGGCAGUUAUGCAUGUUCAUCUGAAGGAUCUGAAGGGCAGUAUGAUAGUGACAUGGGGGAUUUAAGGCCUAACUAUAAUGAGGAAAUGCAUGAUGCUGAAGACAUGGAGAUGGAAGAGGGAAAUAGACAGAGAGAGGAAGAAGUACAAGAGCAACAUGAGGAAGAAACAGAGGAUGAAGAAUCAGAAGAAGAAUUAGAGGAUGAAGAACAAGUGCAUUAUGAGGGUGACACAGAGGUAGAGGAAUUAUUUGAGUUGGAGGAUGAUGACCCUAUUGUUCCAGAAGAGGAGGAAAAAAUAUAUGUGCCAGCAAAGAAGAAGCAGAAGUUGCAAGUAAGGAGGGGACCAACAACAAGGAAGAGUAGGGCAAAGAAGAGGCCAGCUAGAGUAUGGUACAAUGAGGAUUUGGAACAACCACACCAACAACUAAAACUGCAUAUGUGCUUCAAAGAUCAACAUCAAUUCAGAGAUGCUCUGUUGAGCUUGCACAUCACUCAGUGCAGAGACUUCAAGUAUCACAGGAACUCAGAUCAGAGGAUCAUUGUGCAUUGCAAGAAUGAACAUUGUAAGUUCUGCAUUGUGGCAGCUGUUAUAAAAGGGGAAAACACUUUUGUAAUUAAGAAGAUGAGGAUACAACACACCUGCCCUAGUUCUACUGAAACAAGCAGGGUAAGUGCAAAGUGGCUUGCAAAGCAAUAUGAGCCACUAUUCAGAUCUGAUGUCAGUACUAGCAUACAUACACUUAUUGAUGCCUGCAUGGAAAAGUAUGGUGUGGAUGUGCCCAAGGCUAUGGCAUAUAGGGCAAAAAACUUAGCUGUUGAGGCUGUGUUGGGAGAUCAUAGGAAGCAAUACCCAAGGCUGAGAGACUAUGCUCAGACUGUGAUGGAUACAAACCCUGGGAGUAGAGUUAUAGUCACCACUGUAACUCCAAAAGCCACUGAAAAAAUCCCACAUCCAGGACCAAGAUUCCAUGCCAUGUUUUACUGCAUCAAUGGAGCAAGGGAGGGAUUUCUACAGGGCUGUAGACCAUUCAUUGGUAUUGAUGGAUGUUUUAUCAAGCUGACCACUGGUGCACAAAUCCUUGCUGCCACUGGUAGAGAUGGCAAUAACAACAUAUACCCACUGGCAUUUGGCAUUGUUGGACAAGAGGACAAAGCAAACUGGUGCUGGUUUCUACACCAACUGAAGAUUUGUCUUGGAGGAGAAGUUGGACAGUAUGGUCCAUAUACUAUAAUGUCAGACAGACAGAAGGGGCUAUUAUAUGCAGUGAAUAGAGUUUUUCCUAACAGUCAUCAAAGAUUCUGCUUAAGACACAUAUAUGCAAACUUCCAGAAUGCUGGCUUUAGGGGGGAGGACCUUAAGAAGUGCAUGGAUAAUGCCAGUUAUGCAUAUAAUGAACACAAAUUUAAUAAAGCAAUGGAUGAUCUCAAAGCUGAGAGUGUGGAAGCUUGGCAGUGGCUUAGUGCAAUACCCAAGAAAACAUGGGCUAGGCAUGCAUUUGACACAAAUAGCAAGACUGACUUGGUUGUCAACAAUUUGUCAGAGGUGUUUAACAAGUACAUCCUAGAUCAUAGGAAAAAACCAAUAAGAACUAUGUGUGAUGGCAUAAAGGAUAAGCAGAUGGUUAGGUGGCACAGGAAUAGAGAGAGUGGAAGGGAAGCUAGAUGGGAGAUCACACCACAUUACAGUGAGAAGUUGGAGAUUGAAAAGGAAAGGGCCAGGUACUGCAAACCCAUUCAAGCAGGUGUUAACUUGUGGCAAGUAACUAGUGGUGAGCAAACACAUGCUGUCAAUUUGGAAGUUGAAACCUGUGGUUGCAGAAAGUGGGACCUCAGUGGCAUCCCAUGUAACCAUGCCAUCUCAGCAAUCAACAAGGCAAAAAGGUUUCCAGAGGACUUUGUAAGCAAAUUCUUCAAGAAACCAUAUUAUUUGGCAGCAUAUGAACCAAUGAUAUAUCCUGUCCCUGGUGAGCAUGACUGGACAAAGACCCCAGGUCCAGACAUAGAACCACCAGCAUUUAAAGUGAAGAAAGGAAGAAGGAAAGAGAAGAGAAUAAAGGGAAAAUUUGAAGUUCCAAAGCCAAAGUCCACCUCAAGAAUGGGGACAAUAACUUGUAGCAAUUGUGGAUUACAAGGGCAUAAAUACACAACCUUGCCUUAA